GAACGCGAAUGUUAAAUUAUUUUUAUAACAAUAUUUUUUUUUCAUAAAUGAAUAAUCGUAUAUAAUAAUCGUCACGUCUAGUGUAACCGCUUAUACCAUAUAAAUGGUUAAAUAAAAAUCCUCUCCGUUUUUAACAAUUAAUAAGAAUCUACGAUAGUUACCAUUUGUCAAUAAAAACGUAUAUUUUAUUUCAGAACUAUAGUAAAUAGUUGGUUUUUUUAAAUUGUUAAAGUGGUUGACAUUACGAAAAAAAGAAGGAGUAACUCAGUUAAUCAUCACGUGCCUUGUUCAAAAGAGACGAGAGUUUGUCGUUCGAGUUGUCAAUACAAAAAACGUAUGAUUUAAAUUAACGUAUGAUCUAACCUGAUUUACACGAUGCCAGUCGGCGUACCAGUCGAAGACGCCAGUUACUGAAUGCCAGCGGCUGGCAACGUCUAAACAUAAUCUGCCAGCAACUGGAGAAAGCCAGUGGACACUGGCGUGCCAGCAGAUGGCAUUGCCAGUAAAACAAAUUAUUUUGUUUUACUGGCUCGACAGCUUCCCCCCUCCAUUACAUCACCACAACGAUAACAGCUAACUGGCAUCGUGUAAACAACAACAGUCACGCGCCAACUACUGGAUUAUAACAGUGAUAUAAUAUUUUGUUUAUCUAUGAUAACAGUACAUCGUACACGUGUGUGAAACUGUGAUUUCGAAAUAAAAGUAAAGUGAAAAUCGAAAUGGCUAACCGUUGGAGUGAAGAAACCACAUUAAAAUUCGUGCAAUUAUACCGCGAGCACGAAAAUCUGUGGAACAUGUUUAUUCCGGAGUAUCGGAAUCGUGAUGCAAGGAGUUCAUCUAUGGAAGCUAUCGCGUCCGAAUUAAAUUUAACAAUUAAAGAGGUACCCAAAAAAAUUAAGGCUCUACGUUCAACAUAUUAUUUAGAGUUGGCUAAAAUAGAAAAAAGUAAAGCCAGUGGUUCAGGCACUAAUCUUGUGUACAAGCCUUUAUUGCCGUGGUUCGAUGAUAUGAAUCAUAUUAUGAAAACAGCAACUGUCAAAGAAAAGCAGACGUACAGUAAUUUUGGAACCAUAACCCAAGACACUAUUUAUGAACAAGACACUAUUCAUGAACAAGAUGAUGAAGAUGUCCCUGAAGACGAUUCGACUAAUGCAGGAGAACAGUUAAAAAGUACCCCUGUACGUGAUAAGCCGAGUUUAAAUAUCCCCCCACUUUCAAAAAACAAAGGUCAAAAACGAAGGUUGGAUGCCAUAACCGAUGCCGUCCAUGAAUUAAAAAAUUUAAAUGAAACAAUGAAUACUACAAAAACAGCUAUUCAGGAUGAUGAGUGUGAUGUAAUAGGGAAGCACAUUGCGAUUCAACUGCGGGAGUUACCAUCAUACGAUAGGGUAUUAGCAAACUUUGAACUACAAAAAGUUUUGAUGAAUUACCGGUUAAAAAAUAUGAGAGGGGUAUCAUCAUCGACUUUAUAUAGCCGCCCAAGUAAUGUAGCAUCUAAUUUUCAAUUCAACCCAUAUACACCACAAACAACAACAAGUGAAGAAAGUAGUAGCCGCCCUAGUAGUGUUGCAUCUAAUUUUCAAUUUAAUCCAUAUACACCGCAAACAACAACAAGUGGAGAAAGUAGUAGCCGCCCUAGUAGUGCUGCAUCUACAACGGCAGAUAUCCUACAUGCAGCUAUAGUUAACUCUGAUAUCAAUAGUGAUUUCUUUGGAUCUGAUGUACAAUAUCUUAAUUAAUACAUUGUCAGUUUUCAAUUUUUUUAGUUUUUUUUAUAAAUAAAAGUAUAUUUUUUUUUUGUAAAUAAA